AUGUCUGCUCAGUUCGACAAGGCCGUCGCUACCGUCGGCUCCAUGCCCAAGGACGGCCCCGUGCAGCCCACGCAGACCGACCAGCUCAAGUUCUACGGCCUCUUCAAGCAGGCCUCGAUCGGCGACGUCAACACGUCGCGCCCGGGCAUGAUGGACUUCACGGGCAAGGCCAAGUGGGACGCCUGGAAGGCCAACGAGGGCACGAGCCAGGACGACGCCAAGAAGCAGUACGUCGAGUACCUGCUCGAGCUGCUCAAGAAGCACGGCGACCACGAGGACGCCAAGAAGUGGAUCUCGGAGAUCGAGUCGGCCUAA